CCACAAAACCCUAGAUCACUCCUUGCUUCAAACAAACAAAACCCUUAGCCCCCAAACGAAUCAACCCUUCAAACCCUAAAAUCCUUCCGUUCACACCCUCUAUUAUAGUUCUUCUUUCAAUUCCGCUCACUGAGAGCGUAAAAUCCCCAAUUUUAACCGUUUUUUAACCUAAUUUGCGGGUUUUCGCAAUGGACGUGAUGAAAUCUUCCAGUUCCGAUUUGGGGGUUUUGCAGAGGAAAAUGAGUUCUUUUUCGGAUACCCUUUUGGCUGCUCAGAUUUCAGUUGCUAGUGUCGUCAUGAUGUUGCAGGCAGGAUUUCUGCUUCAGUAUGCGCAUACUUUACAAAAUCUGACUGGAAAUGAUCAAUGGUUUCUAAUAUCCGAGCUUUACAAGAAAAGCACAACUGAACCUGAAGCCAUAGACGGCAGCGACACAGAGGACGACGACGACGAGGAUGAUGACGAGGCAGGGGAGGAGCCAGAAGACGACGCGGGAGACGAAGAUUUCUCAGGCGACGAAAAGGACGAAGACGACGACGAUGAUGAAGGAGACGCUAACGACCCUGAGGCAAAUGGCAAUCCUGGUAGUGACGACGAGGACGACGAUGAUGACGACGAAGAAGACGAUGAUGAUGACGAUGAGGAUGGAGAAGAAGAGGAAGAUGAUGAUGAGGACGAGGAUGACGAAGAACAACCACCGGCGAAGAAGAGAAAAUGAGGAUGAUUUGUUACAUGGGGAUGUGUCUUGUCUUCAUCUGAUGUUUAAUUAUCAAGUAUGUAGUAGGGAGGUUUUAAGUUUAACAAUUUAGUUUGGUUUUGUGUCUUUUAAAUUGUAGGAUAUUGGACAACUAAACCCUUGUUUGCAAUGGUUAUUGUGGUUUUUUUAGUGUA